CAAGAGUGAUCAACCGUCCAAGGGGGUGACACAUUGGCUGAGUAGAGGGCUGGGAAACUCGGCAGAGUGUGCACAUUCAAACCGAAUUAACUUGAUUGUUCAGCACCGACAUCAAUAUGGACCACCAGAACCUCAUGCGACUGAGCUUAAGCUCUGCCAGAUUCUUAUACUAUAGAAUCCCAAUCACCAAUCAACCGAUCAACAAAGUUAGAAUCAGUCACCAGGUUCUCCAAAGAGCCAUGUCUUCCUACAGUGACCAGCCUCCGAUGCUGUCUUCAAGACAAUCUCAAGCUCAUUCAAGCAUUCUGCGACUGAAGAUGAGAGAAAGCAAACAACACUUGCAUUAUCUUCCUGAAGGAUGGAGGCCUCCUCCAGGUGGAUACAGAAGGCAGGGAGGUCAUUGUAGAAAUCAGGUUAUCUACAGACAUUUUGCAAGUGAUCAUUCCGGUCAUGGGGACGACAAAUCCUCCUCAAGUGAAGACAAAGAGUUUUCACAUGGUAAGAUGAGCUACAUUGAGGCAAGGAAGAGAGGGGUCAUUCAAGGGAGGCGGAGCUUGUUGCCAAUGGAACGGGUAGGGGGAAUGCUGGAGACGGAUUUAGACGGUGAAGAGGUACCAUGUCAACCGCCAUCCAAGAUAGUGCAUGAUGUAGAAGACGAGAUGUCUGCUAACAUGACUAGCGAUUCACACAGCAGCACUCCACUGACUGAUCGCAGCGUUGGGUCCACAGCUGCAGGUAACGGCGGCAGCGCAGCGAUGCAGCAGCUAGCAACGUAUCACAACAGUCCACUAAUGAUUGAUGGGGAGAUGGUCAUCGCGUUGAGGGAAAACUUCAAGAGACAUGAGUUUCUUUGUAGGAUGUUCAGACUGGACGCCCAGAACAGAUUCCGUUGCAAGUAUGGUGUUAUCCUCCAUGCUGACAUCGUCGGCCAUCAAGCAGGGAGAACUUUCAGUACUGACUUGGACAUUGAUAUCAUGAUCAGGAGACCCACCCUGGAGGAGUUUGUUCUGUACAUGAGGCGUACCCCCGUUAUAUCUUACCCAAAGGAUUGUUGCACUAUGUUGAUGAUGAUUGAUGCAAGUCCAGGUGAUGUCAUAUUAGAAGCAGGAACAGGGUCAGGUGCCAUGACGCUAUUUCUCUCAAGAGCAGUUGGUGAACGAGGCUGUGUUCAUUCGUUUGAAGCAAGGGAAGUGCACCAGAAGAGAGCUAUGAAGAAUAUAAACCAGUGGAGGUCAUCUUGGAAUGUCUGUCAUCCUGAGCAUCAUUGGCCGCAAAAUGUCUCCUUUCACUUGGGCAAGUUGGAGAGUCGUUGCAAGGAUCUUGGCCCCUCAUUGUUAGUAGAUGGAGCUGUAAUAGACAUGGAGAGGCCAUGCGCUGCUAUACCAACCCUAGCAGAAAGACUUAAACCAGGCAAAUCUGCUGUCAUAUAUGUGGCUAAUAUUACACAGAUCAUUGAUAUAGCAGAGUUUCUAAGAGUGAAUGAGUAUCCUCUGACCAUGGAGAGGGUACUAGAUGUAACUCAUAAGGCGUGGGUUGUGAAUCAAGCAAGACGACACAGCGGCACUUCUCUUAGUGACCCAAGACUUACCGUUGACCCAAACUCCUCAGAUCAAAGCGAUGGAGAAGAUGAUGGUUACAAUCCACUGAGACAGAAAACCCAAUACAUUGAAGAUGAUGUACCAAAGUAUAUUGCACGGCCUCACAACAACCAAUUUGGACACACAGCUUUCUUAGUUUCACUCAGGAAGAUUGAGAGCAGUACUUCAACGUAUAAAAUGUGAUAUUGAGAUGCAGAAUACUGAAAAAGAACCUCAACACAGGUAUUAACCCUCCUACUCUCUGACAUUCAACGACUGGUUCCGAAUGAUAGAUCAACUUUGCCAGCCUGCAACAUGGUGGGGAAUGCAUUUACACAGUUCACAGUUAACCCUCCUCCCAAUUAACUGUUCAAUAUCAUUUAACGACUGGUUCUGAAUGAUAGAUCAACUAUGCCAGCCUGCAAGAUGGUGGGCAAUGCAUUAACACAGUUCACACUUAACCCUCCUACUCAUUAACUGUUUAAUAUCACUCUGGUUCUGAAUGAUAGAUCAACUACAUGUAUGCCAGCCUGCAAUAUGAUCCUACAUGGUCAACCCUCCUACUCCCUGACCAUUUAAUGCAUCCAUUGUGGUUUUGUUUGAUACAUAAACUGUGAUAGCAUGAAAACGUAUGAUAUAAUUUGGUAUGUCUAUACCACUGAACCACCAAGCAAACUUAUACAAUUUUCUCAUUUUAAUACUGUUUCUUAUAUCAUACAAUUUAUAUUUUAUUUAAUAUGCAUAAACAUCUACAUUGUCUUUUAAAACCUUUUCUUAAAUUAAGUUGUCUGAAAAAAUUCAUUCUUAUUUUUCUCCAAAGGUUAUAUAAAGUAAAUCUUGAGUUGUCCUUUUUAUAAUAUUUCCUUCCAAAAUGUAUUUUAUAAAUGGUUAUUAUGGCAGCCAAAAGCAAAUGCAUUUCUAUAAUUUGUUUGUGAGCUACUCACAUGACAAGAAGUUUAAACAAUUUAAACUUAAUUGUAAACCAAAUACAAAUCUAUGUAAAGAAUAAAUCAGCCUUGUGGUUUAUAAUGUAAUACUGCAGUAUGCGAACAAACUUCACUCUUGUCAAUUCUGUGUGAC